CCCUCCGCGACUGAGGCGGCGCUGCCGGCGGCGGCCCCGGGCGGGCGCGGGCGGUGACGCGGCAAUAAAGGCGGAGUGCCGGAGCCAGCGGCCGAGCCAUGGAGCGGGGCGGCCCCCCCGCGCCCGCCGCCGGCGAGCGGGCCCCCGCCGGGGCGGCGCUGCGCGGGCACCCGGCCGGCGGCUGCGGGCCCUGGGAGAUGCGCGACCGCCUGGGCACCGGCGGCUUCGGCAACGUGUGCCUGUACCAGCACCAGGACUCGGGCGACCGCGUGGCCAUCAAGUCGUGCCGGCUGGAGCUCAGCGUCAAGAACAAGGACCGCUGGUGUCACGAGAUCGACAUCAUGAAGAAGCUGAACCAUCCCAACGUGGUCAGAGCCUGUGAGGUUCCUGAGGAGAUGAACUUCUUGGUGAACGACGUUCCUCUCCUGGCCAUGGAGUACUGCUCAGGGGGUGACCUCCGCAAGUUGCUAAACAAACCAGAAAACUGCUGUGGGCUGAAGGAAAGUCAAAUCCUUUCUCUGCUUAGUGACAUUGGGUCUGGUAUCCAGUAUUUGCAUGAGAACAGAAUUAUACACAGAGAUUUAAAGCCUGAAAAUAUUGUUCUUCAGGAUGAAGGUGGGAAGAUUGUUCACAAAAUAAUAGACCUGGGAUAUGCAAAGGAUCUGGAUCAAGGAAGUUUAUGCACUUCAUUUGUUGGAACAUUGCAAUAUCUGGCUCCAGAACUCUUUGAGAACAAAUCCUACUCAGUUACUGUUGAUUACUGGAGCUUUGGGACAAUGGUGUUUGAAUGCAUUGCAGGAUUUAGACCUUUCUUACAUAAUCUGCAGCCAUUUGCCUGGCAUGAAAAGAUCAAGAAGAAGGACCCAAAGCACAUCUUUGCCUCUGAGGAGAUGAAUGGGGAGGUUCGUUUCAGCACCCACCUGCCGCAGCCUCACAGCCUCUGCAGUUUGAUUGUAGAACCCAUGGAAAACUGGUUGCAGCUGAUGCUGAAUUGGGAUCCACAGCAGAGGGGUGGAGGUUCAGAUCCUGAGACCAGUCGUCCGAGGUGUUUCCUGAUCAUGGAUCACAUACUGAAUCUGAAGAUAGUACACAUCCUAAACAUGACCUCUGCCAAGAUUGUGUCCUUCCUUUUGCAUCCUGAGGAAAGCCUUCAUUCCCUUCAGAAUCGUAUUGAGUUUGAGACUGGAAUAAGCACAGGAAAUCAGGAGCUGCUGUUGGAAACAGGGAUUUGCCUGGACCCUAGGAAACCUGCUUCCCAGUGUGUUAUUGAUGGCGUGAGAGGCUGGGACAGCUACAUGGUUUACUUGUUUGAUAAAAGCAAAACUGUCUAUGAUGGUCCCUUUGCUUCUCGGAGUCUGUCUGACUGUGUCAACUACAUUGUGCAGGACAGCAAAAUCCAGCUGCCGAUCCCGCAGCUGCGCAAGGUGUGGGCAGAAGCGGUUCACUACGUCAUUGGGCUGAAGGAGGAUUACAGCAGGCUCUUCCAGGGACAGAGAGCUGCCAUGCUCAGCCUCCUUCGGUACAAUGCCAACCUGAUCAAAAUGAAGAACAACAUGGUGUCAGCAUCCCAGCAGCUGAAAGCAAAGCUGGAAUUCUUCCACCAGAGCAUUCGCCUCGACCUGGAGAGAUACAGUGACCAGAUGGCUUAUGGCAUAUCUUCAGAGAAGAUGCUCAAGGCCUGGAAGGAAAUGGAAGAGAAAGCCUCUCAGUGUGCACAGGCUGAAGACAUUGGCUACCUGGAUGAGCAGAUCAUGGCCCUGCACACGGAGAUCGUGGAGCUGCAGAAGAGCCCCUACGCCAGGCGCCAGGGAGAGGUCAUGGAGAGCCUGGAGCAGAGAGCCAUAGACCUGUACAAGCAAUUAAAAGCACGACCUCCAGAUCAUGCCUACAGUGACAGCACAGACAUGGUGAAGAUCAUUGUGCAGACAGUGCAGAGCCAGGACCGAGUCCUCAAGGAGCUCUUUGGCCACCUCAGCAAGCUCUUGGGCUGCAAGCAGAAGAUCAUUGACCUGCUCCCUGAGAUUGAAGUGGCUCUGAACAACAUCAAGGAAGCUGACAGCUCAGUGAUGCAGAUGCAGGGAAAGAGACAAAGGGAGAUCUGGCAUUUGCUGAAAAUUGCUUGUACUCAGAGCUCCUCUCGAUCCCUGGUCAGCUCUAGCCUGGAAGGGACAGCCUCAACUCCAGCAGCCACCUGGCUCCCCCAGGGCUGCUCAGGGAACUCAGCUCCUCACCCUCUGUCCUCACUGGCAGCUCCUGAAGAUGGGGAAAAUUUUGCUGACAUGAUCCGGGAGAAUGUGAAUUACCUGGAUCUCUUCAGCAGCAUUCUGCAGGAGGUGAGGCAGGAGCAGAACAGCAUGAUGAGUUUUGACUGGAGCUGGCUGAAGUAGCCCCAGGAGCCGAGAUGCUGCAUCACCCAAGUGCCUUCUGUGUGCUGAGGGCCACCUUCCCUGUGGGACGUGGCGGUGUUUAUUGACGUCACCGGUGUUUAUUGACAUCACGGGUGUUUAUUGACAUCACCGUGCCACCCACCAGCUGUCCCCCAGGGAGCAGCGUGGGCCUGGCCUGUGGAGCCUCCUCAGGGCGGGGGGCGCGGGCAGGGCCGUGUUCCCCAUGAAUGUAUAGCGCGUGUAUAUAUAAUAAACUCUGUGCUGACACCCA